UUAGUGAAGUGAAGUGAAGUGAAUCCAAAGUAAUGAACAUUUUCCAAAUAAGAUAUGACCUAAAGGACUAUGUUACCAGGUCAUAAAAUUAAAAAAAUAAAACGUUUGACUUUGCUUUGACUUGACGUUUGUGUCUGUGUCGUGCGUUUGUGAUUAGUGACUAGAAUUAACGCCGCUCGUAAUUUGUACCAGUGAUAUAAAUCUAAUAUCUACAACUAACUCAGAAUUCUGUUUCAGUUUCUUUUUUCAAGACAAACACCUUCAUAUACUUAGAAAUAAGUAUCUUGGCGUAAGCAAUUAUGGAGUUGUUGCAGGGCGGCGGAGGUGCUGCGGCGGCGCUGGGCCCGGGUGCCUUCCUCGCCGCGCCGGUCUACGACCUGCAGCAAGUCGGAGAUGUUUACACAGGUCCGGGCGCCAAGUGCUCCACGCUGCCGGCCAUCCUGGGCGGGUCGCUGCCGCGGCUCACCUCGGAGCAGGCGGACGCGGUGUCGCGCGCCAAGAAGUACGCCAUGGAGCAGAGCAUCAAGAUGGUGCUCAUGAAGCAGACACUCGCGCACCAGCAGCAGCAGAUGGCCUCGCAGCGCACGCAAGUGCAGCGCCAACAGGCCCUCGCCCUCAUGUGCAGAGUGUACGUGGGAUCUAUAUCGUUUGAGUUGAAGGAGGACACGAUCCGGCAGGCGUUCCUGCCGUUCGGGCCCAUCAAGUCCAUCAACAUGUCCUGGGACCCCGUCACUCAGAAGCACAAGGGCUUCGCUUUCGUCGAGUACGAGAUCCCCGAGGCCGCGCAGCUCAGCCUCGAGCAGAUGAACGGCGUCAUGCUCGGCGGCAGGAAUAUAAAAGUGGUCGGGCGGCCCUCCAACAUGCCGCAGGCGCAGGCUGUCAUCGACGAGAUCCAGGAGGAGGCCAAGCAGUACAACCGCAUCUACGUCGCCUCCAUUCACCCAGAGCUCACCGAGGACGACAUCAAGAACGUGUUCGAAGCGUUCGGGCCUAUCACCUACUGCAAGCUGGCCCAGGGCUCCUCCGCGCACAAGCACAAGGGCUACGGCUUCAUCGAGUACUCCACGCUCUCCGCCGCCCUCGAGGCCAUCUCCUCCAUGAACCUGUUCGACCUGGGCGGGCAGUACCUGCGCGUGGGCCGCGCCAUCACCCCUCCCGCCGCCCUGGCCGGCCCGCCCCACGCCGCGCCCAUGCCCACCGCCGCCGCCGUCGCCGCCGCCGCCGCCACCGCCAAGAUACAGGCCAUGGACGCCGUCGCCAGCAACGCCGUCGCCCUCGGCCUCACCAAGCUCAACGCGCUCGGCGUGCCGCCCGCCGCCGCCCUGCCCACCCUCGCCGCCGCGCUGCCCGUCACGCUGCCCGUCACGCUGCCCGCCGCCCUGCCCGCCGCGCUGCCCGGCACGCUGCCCGUCGCGCUGCCCGGCCUGCCCGGCCUGCCCGCCGUCGUCCCGCCGCUCGCCGCCAUCCCGCCGCCCGCCGUCAUCCCUCCGCCCGGCGUCGUCAUCCCCGCGGCGACCGCAGCGGGAGGAGGCGCGGGAGCGGCGAGCGGCGCGGCGAGCGAGGGCGGCCAGCAGGCGGCGCUGCAGCGCAAGCUGCUCGACACCUCGCCCGACACUCUCCAGCAGCAGGAGUCACUCUCCAUCUCCGGACAGUCCGCGCGACACCUCGUCAUGCAGAGGCUGAUGCGGCGGCGCGCCUCGCGCACCGUGCUGCUGCGCAACAUGGUCUCCGCGGACGAGGUGGACGAAGCGCUGCAUCACGAGAUACAGGAGGAGUGCUCCAAGUGGGGCCGCGUGGAGCGCCUCGUCAUCUACAACGAGCGCCAGAGCGACGACGACGACCCCGCGCACGCCCACGUCAAGAUAUUCGUGCAGUUCGCCGAGCCUGAAGAAGCGGCGGCGGCGGCGGCGGCGCUCGACGGACGGUACUUCGGCGGCCGCACCGUGCGCGCCGCCCUCUACGACCAGGACCUCUUCGACCACGGCGACCUCUCCGCCUAGCGAGCGCCCGCACGCGCCCCGCGCCCAC